GCCAGUUGUUUGGGUGGUAACUAGUGAAGUAUUCCCUCUCUCUGUUAGAGGUGUUGCUGUUUCAGUCACUACUUCUGGUAACUGGAUUGGGAACUUUGUGGUUGCUAUGGUAACCCCAUUACUUCUCGGUUCUGUACUAAAGACGGCCGGUACAUUCUACAUACUGGCAGGGUUUCUCUUUGCCUCAUUUUUAUUUGUGUUGCUAACACUUCCUGAAACAAAAGGAGAGAGUUUAGAGAGAAUUGAUGAAUUGUUUCUGAGGCCAUGGCUACAGAGGAUUAACCUAUUCUACUACUUGAGGUGUUGUUGUCCGUGGUCUAAUGCUUGUAGGGUAAGGACUGUACAAGAAGAGGACACUGUAGCCAUUGUUGGUAUAAAGAAUGAGAACAAAGAUGAUACGAGUGAUGAGGCUGAAGAUGAUGAAAAUGAGUCACUGAUAAAAGAUACCAGAUGUUCUUGA